GUCAAGAGGGACAAAAGUGAACCUCCGUCGUCCAUUCCUGAAGUGGAUGAAAAGGCAGCGAAAGAAGAGUCCUCGUUCCCGCCCGAGAAACGAGAAAAGGAGAAGGAGAAGACGGAUGCUUCUCAGACUAGUCCGAAGAAGAAAGUAGGUGUAUCAGCGACUGGCUGUGAUGUGCUAGCUGAUGUCACAGCUUACACCAUGCUCCCACCUGGACAAGGAAUCCGUACAGCUCUACUCCAAGAUCUCCUGAAGUUGAUCUGUACCCAAGCUGGUUGCAGUGCUUCUCAGACUAGUCCGAAGAAGAAAGUAGGUGUAUCAGCGACUGGCUGUGAUGUGCUAGCUGAUGUCACAGCUUACACCAUGCUCCCACCUGGACAAGGUGUUGAACGGAUAGAA